AUGACAGUGGAUGGGAUGGAAUGUGGGCAUCGCUGGGUGAACCAGAGGAUUCAAGGGUCCAGUCUCCUCGAUCGACGCGUAUGGCGAUACAUGGCAGCUUUCAUGCAGCACACAGGAGGCGUUGGCUUCCACUGGGAUUUCUCUCCACCAUUUGCCAUCGUCUCGUCGAAUCCAGGCGGAGGAUUUCCAGUCUUGCGGCCACCUCUACCGCCAGGGCCUCCGCCACCGCCUUCUGCUAGUAGUGCCGCUGGUAGUGGCGGUGGUGGUGGUGGUGGUGGUGGUGGUGGAACCGCAGCUGCUAAUUCUUCUUAUGGACAGUGGCCUGUUAGCAAAUACAUUGUCUACUUGGGGCACACUGGGAGCUCUAAACCGGAGGCUGUGACAUCGUCUCAUCACCAAAUUCUUGCCUCUGUCAAGGGGAGCAAGGAAUCGUCUCUGGUUCACAGCUACAAGCACGGUUUCAAUGGCUUCUCCGCCUUCUUGACUGCAGCCGAAGCCGACUCCAUUGCAAAGCUUCCUGGCGUGGUUAAGGUUUUCCGUUCCAAAAAACUCAGUCUCCACACAACGCGCUCCUGGGAUUUUCUCGACAGCUUUUCUGGUGGUCCGCACAUUCAACUCAACUCUAGCUCCGGAUCGGAUGUCAUUGUGGGAGUCCUGGAUACUGGUGUUUGGCCGGAGUCCAAGAGCUUCGACGACGCUGGGAUGGGACCGGUGCCAAAGAGAUGGAAAGGAGUAUGUGACAAUUCCAAAAUCACCAAUCAUUCACACACGAUCCACUGCAACAAGAAAAUUGUAGGAGCUCGAUCUUAUGGACACUCGGAAGUGGGGAGCCGUUAUCAAAACGCUCGGGACGAAGAGGGGCAUGGAACUCACACGGCCUCCACCAUCGCUGGAAGCCUGGUAAAAGACGCCACUUUUUUAACAACUCUUGGAAAAGGAGUUGCUCGAGGGGGCCAUCCAUCCGCAAGGCUUGCGAUCUACAGGGUUUGCACGCCAGAAUGUGACGGUGACAACAUUCUCGCAGCAUUCGACGACGCAAUUCACGACGGUGUAGAUAUUCUCUCGUUAUCGCUGGGUUUAGGUACCACCGGAUAUGACGGGGAUUCCAUAUCCAUUGGUGCUUUCCAUGCAAUGCAGAAGGGAAUUUUUGUAUCAUGUUCUGCUGGAAAUGGAGGUCCAGGCCUCCAAACCAUCGAGAACUCGGCUCCAUGGAUUUUGACAGUGGGAGCAAGCACUAUCGACAGGAAGUUCUCGGUCGACAUCAAACUUGGAAACUCUAAAACCGUUCAGGUCAAGGGAAAGAUUGUCUUGUGCAAAUACAGUCCGGGCGUUGCAUCAUCCUCGGCCAUCCAGCGACAUCUUAAAGAACUUGGUGCCUCUGGAGUAAUUUUGGGGAUUGAAAAUACGACAGAGGCAGUGUCCUUCCUUGAUCUUGCGGGAGCUGCUGUCACUGGGAGCGCCUUGGACGAGAUUAAUGCCUACCUGAAGAACUCGAGGUACACAAGCUUUCAUGCAUUUUUGCCCGAUCUCGUUGCUCCUGGUGUGGACAUACUGGCUGCGUGGAGUCCUGAGCAGCCCAUCAACAGUUAUGGCAAGCCAAUCUACACCAACUUCAACAUAAUCUCUGGAACUUCCAUGGCAUGUCCUCACGCCACACGCUUCCUGGACAACACAAAGAGCCCAAUCAAAGACCACAAUGGGGAAGAAGCUUCACCACUUGUGAUGGGAGCCGGACAGAUUGAUCCAGUCGCAGCGCUUAGUCCUGGCCUGGUCUACGACAUAUCUCCGGAUGAAUACACGAUGUUUCUAUGCACGAGGAACUACACAAGGGAUCAGCUGGAGCUCAUGACUGGAAAGAACUUAUCUUGUGUACCCCUGGACUCCUACUUGGACUUGAACUAUCCAUCCAUCGCAGUUCCCAUCACUCAGUUUGGCGGGAUUCCAAACUCCACCAAAGCGGUGGUGAACAGGAAAGUUACCAACGUUGGAGCUGGCAAGUCGGUCUACAACAUUUCAGUAGAAGCUCCGGCGGGAGUGACUGUCGCGGUGUUUCCUCCACAGCUCAGGUUUAAAUCCGUGUUCCAGGUUCUAAGUUUCCAGAUCCAAUUCACAGUUGAUUCAUCCAAGUUCGAAUGGGGCUAUGGAACACUGACAUGGAAGAGCGAGAAGCACUCGGUCAGAAGUGUUUUUAUUCUUGGCUUGAACUGA